CCGGCCAUGUCAAACCGCCACGUGACGUCCCCCAACGUGUCACCUCUGUUUUUUCGCCUCAAGCGAGAUGGCGCCGGGACGGGCUUCUUCAACGCGUUGCCCGGCCUCAAAAUGGCCGCCCGGACAGCUCCCUGCACUUAAGCGCCCCCUUUGCCCUUCUCCGGGCGGCGUCGGCGGCGUCGCCGUCAAGAUGGCGGCAGGGGAGGUCCCAAACGCCCGCUGCGGUUGUUUAAAAUUCUGAGGCAGCCGCCAAAGCCGGAGACGGAGAAGAGGCGCCGCCGUCUCCGCAGCCGCUGCCAGCCGCCAGCCGGCUCCCCCUCGCCGCCUCCCGGGGCCCCGCCAUGGACUCCAUCCCGGGCGAAGACCCCACUUUGCCGCUGGAGAUCAACAGCGGCCUCAAUUUUUCCCGGCUUCCAGAUGUCUCCGGAGACGAGGUUCGCAAUCAAGUGGGAGGCGGUGGAGCGUUACCUGAGGUGGCCGAAGAAACCGUUUCACCAAGCAGGGCGCGAACCAUGAAGGAUUUUGAAAAUCAAAUCACGGAGCUGCGGAAAGAGAAUUUCAACUUGAAACUUCGCAUCUAUUUCCUGGAGGACCGGAUUCAGCAGAAGUUUGAUGAUCCCCAUGAUGACGUCUACCGGAUCAACAUCGAGCUCAAAGUUGAAUUGGAGAGCGUGAAACGAGAACUUCAGCAACGAGAGCAGUUGCUCCGGAAAGCGUCGAAAGCCGUGGAGAGCUUGGCCCAGGGUGGUGAUGCCGAAAUCCAACGCCUGAAGGAAGAUGCGGAGAAGAAACUCCAGGAAGUAGAAACAAGCUUGACUAGCAGGAUACAGCUUCUAGAGGAGGACCUUCAAAGCGCCCGGGAAGAAGUAGAGAAAGCGUUUGCUUCGACAGAGCGUGAAAGAGUCCAGCGACUGGCUGUGGAACAACAGCUCUCCUUGAUCAUCACUGCGCAGGCCAAAGAUAAUGAUGUCACGGCCUUGCUGGGAGAAAAAGACAGGUGCAUAGAGCAACUGAGGCUCUCUCUGGAAAGGAAAAAUGCUGAGAUCCAGCUCUUGGAGGAAGGACAGGGGAGAGCUUCAGAAGAAAGCCAAGAUCCUGGUGUGGCAUUGAAUGAUGAAAAAGAGAGGACCUUAGAGAUUCUCAGGACUGAAUUCAGCAGUGAAAAAAAAGACCUUGAAAAAAGGAUUGAGUGUCUCCAGGAGAACCUCCGUGAACGGGAAACGGAGCUUUCUGCCGAAAAGAAAAAUGCCCUGAAGCGAGACAAGACCAUCCAGGGUUUAACCCUUGUUUUAAAAACCAAGGAAAACGAGACUGGAGAACUCGCUUCCGAGGUAGAAAGCCUGAAAGCUUUGUUGGCGAAGUCUGGAGAGAUCGGUUCCGAAGCUCAGAUGCAGAAAUUCAAGGAGGCUGAAGGUCCCCAGGAGCUCCUGAUGGAGAAGGAGAGUCUGUUGGCAGACUUGCGCUCGCAGAACCUCACCAAGGACACCGAGAACCGGAAGCUCCAACGGAAACUGAAGAGGAUCGAGCAGGAGCUGAGCGAGCUGCUCACGGAGAAGGAGAAGCUGGCCGGAGAAUUGGAAGAAGCUCGGCAGCAGAAAAACCAGAGCGACAAAACCAUCCACGACCUUCGCAACCAGUUGGAAAAAACUCAAAAUGAGUUGGCUGAGAAGGAAAAGGCGAUCGAGUUGCAUUACCAGGUCCUCUUAGGCGAGGAGGACCAAAGGUUGCAGAACCAAGAGUUGGUCAUCGCGCGCCUGACGGACGGCGUUGCGCAGAAAGAUGAGCUGCUCCAGACUCUUGACGGGGUCAUUAGAGAGAAAGAUUUGAGGCUGCAGGAAUGGUCGACUAAAUUCCAAAACCUGGAGAAAAAUAAAGAGAGUCUUGAGAGACAGAACGAAGCCUUGAUCGAAGAGAAAUGCGCAGCCCAAUCCGAGCAGCUGGUGACCAAAAUGAUGCACGAAUUAGAGAGGAUCAAGGAAUCCGAAUACUCCGAGAUGCUUGAAACUCUCCGAAAAGAGCACACCAUUUUUGCGUCUUUGAUCAGAUCUCUGAAAGAUGCCGACGGCAUAAAUAAUCUGCAGGAGGAGCUAAACACUAUCUUGGCCCUGCGGAAGCAACUGGAAGAAGGUAUCUUGGAGACCUGGAAUUUGCGGAGAACAUUGGAAGAGCAAAUCCGGGAUAACAGGAAGGAAGAAGACACCCUUAUAUCUUGGAGCAAUCAGACGUCGUACAUGAGCAUUUGCUUACGGGAUCAGGAUUAUCGCUUGGACUGCCCAGUAGACCAGCUGUCUAUGGAAGAGCUUAAAAAGAAGUUUGUCGAGGUCCUUGGAGUGGUGAAGGAAAUGCACUGGGUCAUCCAAGAACUGAAAAAGAAGCCGUUUGAUUUCUCCACGUCAGAUCCUUCGGGAAACGAGAAGCAGAAAUCUUUAGACACAAGCGAGCUUCUUGAACGGACGGAGGAAAGCCAGACUCUGCUGGGGGCUUCUGACGAGGAGGCGAGUGCGCCCAGCUGCGACGGUCCAGAGACUCUGAGCGAGAUCAUCCUUUUGGAUCCUCUGGAUCAACCCUACAAGACGCUGAACCCACCAGAGUUUGAACCCGAGCCGGUUGCCGGCAAAUACUUUGAAGGGAGCCCAGCAGCCGACAAUGGUGAUUCGCGGGAAGAGACUCCUUCGCCUGUGUGCCUUCCGGAUGAAAACGGAGCGGCGGAAUUAGAAUCUCGAAGCGGACAAAGACCGAGCAAAGCUGCAAAUGAGCCGCUGGAUCCCGAGAAGAUCUCCGAGCGAGGCAGUUUAAGCGAUGAUCUGGAGAACAAAGAGGAGGGGGACCUCAAGCAGCUGAUUAUUCAGCUGAGAGCUGAACUCGAACAGCUGAUGCAGACCAACAUCUCGCUGAAGCAGCAAGGUGAACCGCAGCCCACCCCUGGAACCGAGGACCCCGAAAGCACAAGCGAGUCGAACAUGGAGACCGAAUCGUCCAAAGUGGAAGUGAAGGACACGGCUACCCAAACGAUAACCGGGCCGGGGGCCGCCGCAUGGCCGAAGCACGAAGGCAAAAAGACGCCAGUCUCUGAAGACGCAGCUGCCCCCCAAUCGUCUCGGUUUGACCAGGAUUGCUUGCAGAGGUACGUCUCGGGCAAGAGCGAUCCGCAGAAGGCGCCCCUUCAAGUCAGCAAAGCAAACAAAAGCAACUCUUGCUACCAGCCCAAGAAAUCGCGCUUGCCUGUUUUGCUGAAAGCCUCCAGAUCCCUGGGGAGCAUCUCCUUAAUGUCCCCACUGUCCAGGCCAGACCAGGAUUGUGUCUUCACCCUGGACCAAGGCCCGAAGGGAAGGCAGUGGAGAGAAGAGGCCCAACAAAGUGAAGCCGAGGGACACGGGUCCCUCCGGAAGGAUGUACGAGAAGAAGACAAACAAGCAGAAGUGUCGGCCAUCCAGCCAAAGAUCUUUGAAGCAGAUCUUAACUUGCCCGGUAUCCAAAGCGCUGGCCAAAGAGACCAGGAUCGGCGUAUCAGCAACCCAACCCAAAUAGAGACAGACAGGUCCAAACCAUCCUCUUCGCCAGAGCUUCGCUCCCCACUCAGUGUCCCCGAGAAGCAGUAUGGGGACGCUGUGUCCGCAUCCCUGGGGGGCAAGAAGAGCGUUUCCUUUAAGCAGAGCUUGCUCAGCUUCGAAGCCUUUGACUGCGAGUCCGUGAGUGACAUCGAGGACCUGAGGCAAAGAAUCCGGGAUCUGAAAUCCGUGGUGGAGAAGUACCAGGUGCUGCUGAUCCACUUCAACCUGAUCGAACCGCCUCCUUCCGGAGACCCUCUGGAUCCCGUCGGGAGCGACGGCGAGAGUCCCACGUCUCUGGCAGGGUUCAAGGAGAGCGAGCCGGAAUUGGCCAGCUUCUCCAAUGAAAUGCAGCCAAAGGAAGGCGCCGAGGAUUCGUCCGGAUCUGGUCCCUCCAACAACCAGACCGUCCAGAAGCUCCAGGAACUGUUGUCGGAAAACGAAGCCGAGCUUGAGAAAGAGCAGAUGGCCAACAUGAAGCUGGUGGAUGAAGUCCAUCGUCUGCACGACAAGCUCAAAAGCCUUGCGCCCCGGGAUGAGCCAGAUUUCUCGGUCGGCCUGUUGCUUCCCGAGGAGUCCCCCCAGCGCCAGAAAAUCCACGAGAGCCACAACAUUUGCGCCACCUACCGGCAACACCUGUCCAACUUGAUCCGAGCUUUCGAAGAUCUCCUGCGGGACAGCGAGGUGGAUUACUACAUAGCCGAGAGCUUUCGGGAGCAGCUCAACCAAAGCGCCCAGAUCUUCGAGAGGCUGGAGCACCAAUGCCUUUAUGGCGACUCAAUAGACGACGAAAUGACUAGACUUUGCAAUCUUGCCCAGAGCUUGUCUGACUUUGAGGUGUCCCAACACCUGCCUUCUCCAGAAGGGCCCACUCAUGGAGAAGAAGAAGCGGAGAACGGAAAGGAAAAACCAACUGCCACCCCUAGCAAGUUUCCACCAGAGCUCUUGAUGGAACACCUCCAGGAAAUACGCUUGCUGAGACAACGACUAGAAGAUUCCAUAAAAACCAACGAACAUCUGAGGAAGCAUCUGGAGCAACAGGUCUCAGCUUCUGUCCCAGACCAAGACGUAACCAAUGCUCAUAUCCGUGCAUCAGAGCAGCUGAAUUCCCUGACAUCUGAAAUUCAUUUCCUGAGGAAGCAGAACCAAACGUUGAAUGGCAUGCUGGAGAAAGGAUCUAGAGAAGGACUUGAGGCUCAACUUGCAGAGAAGCAGAAAGAAAAUGAAGCCUUGCGAGAGUCCUUGACCCAGAAGCUCCUGGCGGUUGAGGGUCUUCAGAAGGACCACGAGCAUCUCGAGAAGGAGAAUGAAAAGCUGCGGGAACAAGUGGAAAAAGGAGAGGUUGAAAACGAGGGUCUGACCCACGAACUGUACGAAAUCAGGAUUGAGCUGAACAGGUUGCAGAUGGAGCUGGCCACAAAGCAUCACCAGCUGACAGAGAGCGACAAAUUGUUGUGCUCGUUGCGAGUGGAGCUCAAGGUGUACGAAAAGUUGGACGAAGCCCUCCAGAAAGCGAAAGAUCGGCGCCAGAAUGAAAUUGAAGAAUGUACGAAGGAUCAAAACCAACCUCUUGAUCUUGGCGAGCUCUUGACUGAAAUCCAGUUCUUGAGAAAGCAGCUGGAGCAGAGCAUCGCCUCCAACCAGAUGUUGCAUGAAAAAGUAGAAGAGCAGCUGCGCCUAGGACAGGGGGAGAAGGAGAGCUAUCUGGGGUCAGCUGUGCAGAUCAGCUACCUGUUCGGUCACGAGUCUCAACAACUUCCCACUGGGAUCAAAGAGUUGAGUUUCAGCACCCUGGACAGCCCCUCCCACUGCAGCCUGUUGACCAACCAGGAGAUUUGCCCCAUCCCCAGCCACUGCGUCUGGGCGGACAAGAACGGACAACAUAUCCUGGGCUUGAUUGAGGAUUACAACUGUCUCCGGAAGCAGAUCACCGAAGGGCGGAAGCGGCUGUCUAAGCUGGAGCUUCCUCUGAGAGAGGAAGGAGACCCGGAAUUGGCGGUGACAGUUCCUCUGAGUUUGUCUGCCACCUUCAAGGCGGUCCAGGAGAACCUGGAAGAAGCUGGCCGCCUCUUGACCCUCCUCUGGAGGGUCUCCUUGCCAAUGAAGGUGGUCCAUGCUGCUGCUUACUCACUUCAGGAUGAAGAUCUGAAGUCCGAGGUUUACAAGCUCCGUCGGAAAGUGACUGAACAGGAGAAGAAGCUGUUCAGCAUGGCCAGGCGCUUGUAUUCCACCAACCAACUCAAAGAGAACAUGGAGAGGGUCAUCAUGGAGCAGUUGUCGUUAACGCAUAGUGUUUUAAAAAAGGCCAGAGCAAAUCUUGAAGUUCACGCAUCAGUCAAAAAAGCCGCAGCGUCCAGCCUCAUCAAGAAGAGGGUUUAAGCGAAGACCCCCCGGGGGCCUACAAUAAAGGCCAUUUUCCUUUGCUGA